AUGAUCUUGGCCUACAUGUCACCAGUGGAAACAGGCAGAUGUCCCAGAGUGUGCAGCUGCGACAGCUCCAAACUCACUGUGGCAUGCACAGGCAAGAACCUGACCGAGGUUCCCCCGACCAUAGAUGAGAUUACAGUGAAACUGGACCUUAGGAACAACGACCUGCAGGUGCUGCCGAGGGGGGCGUUCCUGCACACCCCGUACCUCACACACCUGAACCUGCAGCGCUGCAACAUCAUGACGGUGAGGGAGGGGGCGUUCAGGUCCCUGGGCCGCGUCGUCUCCCUCAACCUGGCCUAUAACAACAUCGAGGUCCUGUACCAGGAGUCCUUUGACGGUCUCUCGUCGUUGAAGGAGCUACAUUUGGACCACAACCGUGUGGAGGAGAUCCAGCCUGGAGCUUUCACCCAGCUGGGCUUCCUCAACAUGCUGGCCCUUAAUCACAACCAGCUGGUUUACAUCCCCAACAUGGCCUUCCAGGGCCUGCACAACAUCAAGUGGCUUCGCCUCAGCCAUAACUCCCUCAACAACUUGGCCACUGAGGCGUUCGCCGGCCUGUUCACCCUCAACCGGCUGAGCGUGGACCACAACGAGCUGCAGUUCUUCCCCACCCAGACCAUGACCAGACUCCCCGAGGUGAAGCGCCUGGACAUGAGCUACAACCCCAUGACCUACCUGGGGGAAGAGUCUGUCUCCAUGGCCAAGCUUACCCACCUCUACCUGGACCACAUGUCCCUUCAGGACCUCUCAGACUUGGCUCUGUCCCAGGCCCCCCUGCUCUCCUACUUGGACCUCAGCCACAACCAGCUGCGCUAUCUGGAGCCGCUCUCGGGCCCCAAACAGCUCAACAGCCUCAACCUGACUGGCAACCGAAUCUAUUGUAACUGCUACUUGCGGCCGCUGAAGGAGUGGGCCAGGCGAGGUGGCGUGAAGCUGCUGGGGUCCUGUGCCGGGCCGGCCCACCUCUCAGACGAGCCCCUGCAGGCUGUGGCUCCUCCAGAGCUGCGCUGCCGGAGCAGAGAGGAGAUGCUGAAGGAGGAGUUUGAGGAGCAAGACGAGACUAAAGAAAGUGCGGCGCCCACAGCCAAGCCCAAGCAGAAAGUCAAGUGCCCGGACAACUGUGACUGCGAUGUUGAGGCCCAGCAUGCCACAUGUGAGGGUCGUGGUCACACCAAAGUCCCGCGCGGCUUCCCUCCAAAAAUCCAGCUGCUCGACCUCCGCAGCAACCACUUCCACUACCUCCCUGCCAGCAGCUUCCCUGGCACCGAGCAAGUGGUGUCCCUGCACCUGGAGCUCUGUAAAAUCCACGAGAUUGAAGAUCACGCCUUCAGGGGGAUGAAAAGUUUGUUUUACUUAUACCUCUCUGACAAUGACCUCACAUCGUUGAGCCCCAAGGCUUUCGCAGGAGCCCCUGAGCUCACCUACCUCCACCUGGAAGGGAACCGACUCGCCCAGUUCCCAACAUCAGCUCUGACACUCUUGCCAAAUCUGUUGGUGUUGCACCUGGAGCGAAACACCAUUUCCAAACUGGAGCCCACCGGUUUGCUGUCUUCAGCUGCCGCUAAACUCACAGGACUGUACCUGACCAACAACACGAUAACGACCAUUGCCGAGCGCGCCUUCGACUCGGCUUACCUCGGUACACUUCACCUGGACUCCAAUCAGCUGACAGAGGUUCCUACAGACGCUCUGUCAGGAGCCUCGAGCCUGGAGGAGCUCAACCUGUCAAGGAAUUCAAUUCGCUGGGUUGGACCGAAGGCAUUUCAGCCUGUUUCCCAAAGUCUGACGAGGCUGUAUAUGGAUGAGAUGGGCAUGAAAAAGAUGUCCCGGGACUCUUUGGCAGGGCUGGGCACGGGACUGAGGACUUUGACUGUGCAGGGGAACCAGCUGGAGGAGUUGCCUGACCUGAGCCCCCUCACUGGCCUUGAGGUGGUCGACCUGCGAGAAAACCCCCUGCUGUGUGACUGUCCUCUGCUGCCGCUACGCAGGUGGAUGGAAAAUGUGAGUCUGGAGGUGACAGCCACCUGUGGUCACCCCCCUGAGCUCAGAGGUCAAAGUGUCAAGGAUGUCCAUGUCUUCAAGUCCUGCCCGGACAGCAGCUCUCCCCCAGGCGUGAGGCCCCUUACGCCCCACAAACCAACAAAAGCAAAUAAACCUAAAUCCAACUCUCUGAAGGCACCCAAAGCCAGAGCCAAGCCUGCGAAGACCAAAGAGAAGCCCCAGAAGCCAACCAAGGCCAAACCUCAGAAGAAACCUAAACCACCAACUGUGAACAAGAAGACACUGUCAAAGGGAAUCUAA